GGCCGAGUCGUCAGUCCCGCCCUCGGUUCUUUCGCGUUUUCGGUCAGUCUCCGUUCGACGUUCGGACGGUGAGGUGUGCAAAGCGCGUGCGCGCACCGGCUACUGUGGCGUACUGCGAGGUUAUAAUGGACGCGCCCGGCGGAGCGCGGGAGCCCCGCUUCGGGUCGCCGUACGGUAUGGGACUCCUCGGGGAAAUGCCGGAUAUGUACGGUGCGGGCCGACCACCUAGCUCGCUUGGCGGCGGAGGCCUACGGCCGGGCAUGCAGACUUGCCCGAUGCCACGGCCUGGUGUGAAGAGACCUUCGGAUCAGUGCUACGACGAGCGGCCUUCUCAAAGUGUCGGGCUAGAUCACUGUACCAUGCCAGAUAUUGCAGAUGAUGGCUAUGCUUCUCUUCAGCCUAAGAAGUCACCACCGUCCAAUGGUAAAAAGACCAAGGGCCGUGUCAAGAUCAAAAUGGAGUACAUAGACAACAAACUACGGCGGUACACCACAUUUUCUAAGAGGAAGACUGGGAUAAUGAAGAAGGCAUACGAGCUAUCAACGUUGACGGGUACACAAGUGAUGCUACUAGUCGCGUCCGAGACCGGGCACGUUUACACUUUCGCGACGCGGAAACUCCAACCGAUGAUCACAUCAGAUGCUGGAAAACGGCUGAUCCAAACGUGCCUGAACUCCCCUGAUCCGCCGACCACCAGCGAGCAGCGGAUGGCAGCCACCGGCUUCGAGGAAACCGAGCUGACCUAUAACGUAGUUGACGACGAUAUGAAGGACACAGAAGGAUCUGCUGAUGGGAAGACUGAUGGGAAACGAAAGGAUGAACCCGCAUCAUCAGGUGACAGCGGUGACGAGAGCGGCAGCGAACCGGAGUCGCCCAGUGAGAAACUUCUCCACGCACAGAGCCUCAAACAGGAAUGGACCCACACUGAGACGAGCGAAAGAGAAGGCAGUAAAAGUUCCAGAGAUCAUUUGAACGAGCCGCUACCAUCAACGUCAUCGGCCACCCAAGAAGCGGACAGCAGUAAAUCUAGCCAGUCCUCUUUGCCAAAACUCUUGCCCAAAAUCGACCUUCCGGGAGGUGCAAUGUUGUACCAUAGUGGUGUUCUAGCCGGUUUAGAUUCACUCGGUACCAAUAUCGGUUUGGGCAAUCUAACAAUGGGUUAUCCUCACAGCUUUAUAUUGGGGCUUGCCAAUCAAGGACAAGAAGGCGCGUCAUCAUCAACCCAGCCCCAGUUCAUCACCAUCCCGCUGUCGAUGGCAAUGGCGGCAGCGGCGAACCCAGCAUCCAGUACCAAUGGAGGGCCAGUUAGUGCCUCUAGUGACGACAGCAGCGAGCUACAAGACCUUAGCACAGGGAGGAAGUGACCGGAACAGAAUGAUAAAAACAAUGCCAAGAAUGGAUAAGAUCUUUGUAUUUUUUUAAAACUAAGUUACUAUGAAUAUCGCUUACCAAAGUUUUGUAUUUGGAUAUAUAAAUUGUAUAUGCAAACGACAAUUAUAUAGUUACUAUAUAUCAUAUACUCUGUAACAUAAUUCUUUAUUGCAAAAUACAUUGUUUUAUUGUAAAAAAACACGUAAGUACACAUUAAAUUCUAAUAUGACAACUACUGGUUUAACUUUGGACACGUGACAGCCGCUCACGAUUAAGGCUCCUGAAUGGUCCUGAAACUAGUUGAGCUUGAACAAAUUACAUCUAAGUUGAACCGGUAGUUAUUACAUUAAAAUUUUGAUUAUGUUAUAAUAAAAUUACUCAAAAUUUUCAGAAUUGUCAUACAAAUUAGAUUUGUAACCAAUUAAAUAAUUAAUAAAUGACAUUACACUCAAAUAAUGUUACUCUUGGAAAGGUUUAACUCAGUAUACAUUUUUGAAUAUUUCUUUUGUUUAUAUCCAUCAUUAAAAUAAAUAUACGAUAGAACUUAUCUUGAAGAGGAUGCACUAAAAAUGGUGAUAGGUGCUACUCAAAUAUGGUGCUCCUAUAAAUGAUAGUAAAACUAAACAAAAUCAAACUUACCUAGUAACUACUAGCUCAGUUACUGGCACAAUGACUGUAUAUUUUCAAUGAACCUAAAUUGUAGAAAUAAGUGGCAAUAUAAAGCAAAGUUUUCUUAGCAGAAAUGUAAAAAAUGUAUGGAUUUGACAAAAUGAUGUAUGAGUUAUGUCAGUUCCAUACAUCUAAUUUUUUUUCAUAACAACAUGGCUCACAGAAUUAUAGCAAAAAAGUGAGAAAUGUAUGGAUUUGACAAAUUGAUGUGGGACUUAUAUCUUUUCCAUACAUCUUGUUUUUUUUUAAUAACAACAUUGCUAACAGAAUAAUUAGCAAAAAAAUUUAAAAUGUAUGAAUAUGACAAAUUGAUGUAUGACGUAUGUCAAUUCCAUACAUCUUGUUUAUUUUUCAUAGCAACAUUGCUAACAGAAUUUUACUUUGUAUAUAAGCUCAUAACGGAUUAAUAUGAUAGUUUCUGUUCGUUUUUUUUUUCUUUUUUUAAUUUAAAUUAAUGAAUGUAAGUACAUUUCAUUUCGUAACUAAUCAUUAAUCAGUGUAGUAAACUUUUUAAAUUAGAUUAAUACUUGUAAAGCUUGAAAUUGUUAUUUAUUAUCGAAUGUAAAGUAUGACGUCUGAAGUUAAAAUACAUAACAAAUGCGACAAAUGGCGAGAUGAUUUAAGAAUAUUUUGAACAAACAGAUUUUAACUAUCUGUUAAAAUAUACUCAAUACCUAACGUGUGUAAAAUUUUUGUACUAUUAAAAAAUAGACAUAAAACAUGUAUAGAGAAAAUUUUAUCAACAUUAAUAAUAUUAAGGAUCGUGUUGCGUUCAAAAAUAUGGCUAAUAAUAAAAUUAUGAAUAAACGAUGUCUAUAAUAUUGGACGUAUUUAAAAAAAAUGCCAUAAAGGGUCUUAAAAGCAAUACAAGCCAAAACAAUUUUUUUUUAUACAACCUAGAAUAGAAUAGAAUAAAAUAGAAAAUCAUUUAUUCAAAUAAACUUACAUUGAAGCACUUUUGAAUAGUCAUUAAAUUUUUUUAAUCUACCGCUCGUUCGGAAAGCUGUCUCAUCACAAGAAGAACGAGCAAGAAACUUGCGUGUUGCUCUUUUAAAUAAUUUUAUUAUUACUUUACAUUUCGUUAUACAUGCGCGUUCACCGCAAAAAAGACACCGUUUGUCGUAUCUCCUCACUUUCAGGGCACUUCUGUUCGUUUUUUUUUCUUUUUUUAAUUUAAAUUAAUGAAUGUAAGUACAUUUCAUUUCGUAACUAAUCAUUAAUCAGUGUAGUAAACUUUUUAAAUUAGAUUAAUACUUGUAAAGCUUGAAAUUGUUAUUUAUUAUCGAAUGUAAAGUAUGACGUCUGAAGUUAAAAUACAUAACAAAUGCGACAAAUGGCGAGAUGAUUUAAGAAUAUUUUGAACAAACAGAUUUUAACUAUCUGUUAAAAUAUACUCAAUACCUAACGUGUGUAAAAUUUUUGUACUAUAAAAAAAUAGACAUAAAACAUGUAUAGAGAAAAUUUUAUCAACAUUAAUUAUAUUAAGGAUCGUGUUGCGUUCAAAAAUAUGGCUAAUAAUAAAAUUAUGAAUAAACGAUGUCUAUAAUAUUGGACGUAUUUAAAAAAAAUGCCAUAAAGGGUCUUAAAAGCAAUACAAGCCAAAACAAUUUUUUUUUAUACAACCUAGAAUAGAAUAGAAUAAAAUAGAAAAUCAUUUAUUCAAAUAAACUUACAUUGAAGCACUUUUGAAUAGUCAUUAAAUUUUUUUUAAUCUACCGCUCGUUCGGAAAGCUGUCUCAUCACAAGAAGAACGAGCAAGAAACUUGCGUGUUGCUCUUUUAAAUAAUUUUAUUAUUACUUUACAUUUCGUUAUACAUGCGCGUUCACCGCAAAAAAGACACCGUUUGUCGUAUCUCCUCACUUUCAGGGCACUUCCCUUGAUAAUAAGUCGAGUCUGGGGAUUCUUGGCGUCGAUAUAUCUAGCGACGUCCAGUUUUGCGGUCAUCUGGAGGAAAAAGCUAAGAUAGCUUCCAAAAAGUUGGGGGUGCUCAAUAGGGUGAGACGGUAUUUCACGCCAGAAAACCGCCUUAAACUGUAUAAAGCUCAAGUGAGGCCACACAUGGAAUACUGUUCUCACCUGUGGGCAGGAGCGCCACAGUACCAACUCCUUCCAUUAGACCGCAUUCAAAGUCGGGCAGCUCGAAUUGUUGACGAUCGGCGUCUUACUGUCCGGCUCGACCCACUGAAACUGCGUAGAGAUGUUGCAUCUCUGUGCAUCUUCUACCGAAUUUAUCAUGGGGAGUGCUCUGAAGAAUUGUUCGGAUUGAUACCUGCUGCUGAUUUUCACCAUCGUACAACCCGCCAUAAACUAAAAUUUCAUCCCAACCAUCUGGACGAGUGGCGGUCCUCCACCGUGCGUUUUUCAAGGCACUUUCUUCCACGCACAACCACUCUUUGGAAUCAACUUCCAGCAGCAGUAUUUCCGAACCGAUACGACAACAUAACCUUCAAGAAAAGAGCAUAUUCCUUUUUAAAAGGCCGGCAGCACACCUGCAAUGCCGUAGGUGUUGUGGGUGAUUAUGGGCGGCGGUAGUCACUUACCAUCAGUUGAGCCGCAUGCUCGUUUGCCCCCUGUGUUGUAAAAAAAAAAAAAAAAAAAACAUUUUUAAGUUUAAGUGUGUGAAUACAAACCGCCAAUUAGCACUAAUUCAAUUAAAUACUCAAAAAGAAAAAAAUAUUGAAUACAUAACCAACUGGUUAAACAAUUAAUAAGAGGAAAUCAGUCAUAGUGAUUAGAGCAGACCAGUCCCUACAAGCAGCAUCCGUUCACGAGUAUGACGGAUGAGCCAGCCAUCACUGCGCUCGACCAUAUUUUAGGGAGCCCAAUGACCCGGCCCACCACGCCGCCACAAGUCUGGACAUUUUAGUGAGCAUGACUACUCAAAACACUAGACCACGUCAAAGCUACUCACAAUUGCCAUCUGAUAGUUAUAGUAUUCACAUUUUACAUAAGAAUGCAUGCGGCAAUUAAUACAAAAACCGCUACGCUUUCAUAUUUCUAAAUGGCAAACAAGCUGACGGCCCACCUGAUGGAAAGUGGUAACCGUCGCCUAUAGACGAUAUGUCUCUACGUUUGUUCAAGUAUCACGUAAAAAAUUUUACACAAAAUGGGGUUCGGUUUUCACUGUUGUAUUUUUGACUGUCAAAUUUAAAAUGUAUAGAAUUCCACACAAAAUCUCAGGCAGAAAUAGAAAUUAACAUUUUUAUAAUAAACUGCCUUAUAAAUUCUUACUACUAGAUUUAAGACUUUCAACAAAUGGAGGAUUAGGUGCACUAAAAGUGCACUCACUGCAGAUUUUCAGAUUCAGUAAGUGGGACAACAACGUCAGGAAGUCUUAAGACGAAAUACCUACUUUUCUAUAGCAAACAGCUUAAUGUAAAAUGAUAAAUCACUAAUAUGUCAUUAUAUAAUAUUAUAUCUUGACUAUAAUCAUAGUUAAUCAUUGUCUAGAUGAUUAUAGUAUGAUUGAGUGAUGAUUUGAUUUCAUCAUCAUAUUUUUACCGAUUUUUAUCAUAUAAUUCUCAUAAUGCAUGAUUACAACACGAUCCUUAACAAUAUGUACUCUUGCCAAUUUGUAAAUUUUAGUUAAAAAUAUUUGUAAAAUGUGCAAGAAUCAUAGAUAUUAAAAUGUAUAGAUAACGUAAAUCGACUCAAUCUGAGUGUCUGAAUUAAGAACAGUUUCACUUAGAAAAUUAAAUCAAUAUUUUGUUUUUAUAUAAAAAUGUUUACAUUUUUGCUUUUAUUGGAAUUAGUCAAUAAUUGUGGUGAUUAACGAUUAAGAAAACAUAAUUAUAUGUUUUUAUAUGUUACAUUGUUAUCUCAGGCAUUAUCUGUCCACCUCCCUCUCAUAGACUGCCAUAAAGAACGGUCCUACGUCGUCUGGGGGAUCGUCUGAUACUGAAUUUGCCUGUACAGGGUUGCCACUCAAGAACUUUUCUUCCCCAUCGGUUCUAAAUACUUCUAGCUAUAUGACCAGUCUAUUGCCACUUCAGUUUACUUAUCAAAUUAGCAUCAUGUUUAUAUGAUAAAUAUUUUUAUUGUAGUUUCACUAACGUCUUAAUUUAUUGUUAUAGAAUGAUAUAAUUCUAAAAUAAUGGACAAUAACAAAAAUGCUUCGGCACUUUAGUUUUCAUAAAAUCUGUUGUAUGAGAUUUAAGGCAGUCCUUUCAUUUAUUAUGACGCUCUACCAAUAUUAAUAUUCAUUUUUUAUACCUUAAUGGAACGUUUUAUACCAUUUUGCAUCUUUAUUUAUUCAUAUUGUACUUAUAAUAAAAGAGUUAUUAUCACUUAAUGUCCGUCUACCAUUAACAUGAUAAUGGCCUGAUUUAAUACAAGUUCAUUGUUGUAGCUUUUAUUCGCGGUUAACAUUUUUACAGUUCGUUUGAUUCCGUUUUUAUUUUACUUAUUCUGUAGUCAUAAGUUACUCAUAUUAUGUCAAUGUUGCGUUGUCUAAUCAAUUUAAUAUCUAUGACGAGGAAUAUAACAAGGAAUAUAUGAUAUUGGGUCCUAAUGCGUUAUUUAUUAUACAUUUAUAAAUAGAUAUUGUUUGUAUCAAAAAUAACAUAUAUUGUAUUUUUGUACGAAAAUAAAUAAUCCUUUUCAUAGAAGGCAAUGCUUCAAUAGCAGUUGGCGAUGUAAUUUUUCUUCGUAUUACUUUUUUCUGAAUGUUUUGCAUGAAACAAACUACAUACAUUUAAUUUACUAUUACUGAUAUAUUUCAAAUGUAUAGAACUAAGCUAAUUUUGAUUAUUUUCUACUAUCAAUAUCGUAAUAGUGUUAAUUAUAGAAAAAGUGACAUUCAUUAGAAUGAAAAAACAAUGCAAAAAUGCUCUUUGUAUUUUUACGAUUGUAAAGAAAUGAAAACUGUAUGAGAUUGACAGGGUUUCAAAUAGUCACGUAAUCUACAUGCGCAAAUUUCUGUCAACCUCAUACAUUUUUUAAUACAAACGUAAUGGUUAAUAGAUUGUUACAUUGUUUAUUUUGUUUAUAUGCAAAAUAAAAAAUAAAUUCAACAGUCUCGAGUUUUAAAAUGAAACAUUAAAAUAUGUUUCAUACAAAAACUAAUUUGAUAUAUUUUAUAUAUCUAUAUAUCCUCUACAAUAAAAUUUAACAAAUUUAUUCUUCUAGUUAUUGAACAUUGAAACUUGCCUCAUAUGUUUGAUAACUAUAGACAAAGAUAAUUGUUUUACAAUGUUUUUAAAUUAACACAAAAGUAAAAAUAAUUACUUUGUAUUUUCUUUUUUUUUUUUUUGGGAAAGGCAAAGGAAUAAAUCUAUACAGAAGCAGAUUUGUUUCUUUUGUUUUAUAACUUUUUAUUUUAAUUUGAGAUACUACGGUUACAAUUUUUUUUUUACUAUAACCUUAAAAUGGCUGAGAAUCAUAAUAUUAGGUUUUUAAUAUUAAAUUGGAUAACCUAGUGUAUGUUCUUUUUGCAUUUUGUAUUAUGUUACAGACAUUUUUAGUUUCAUUAUGUACUUAUUUAGCGAUCGAUUUGUUAAUUUAAUUAUUAUGUUAUUUUGGGUUGCAAUCUUCAUAAUAGAGUAAAAGAUAGUGUAAUAUGGAAUUUUUUUUAUAAUAAAAAAAAACUCAACAAAGAUUAAAACCUGAAUUAUGGCUGUAUUGAAAAAUAUUAGAAAAUAAUUUAAACACGAUCAUUAUUCUAUUUAGAAGAAGUGCAACUAAUUACUUCACUAUUUUUAUCCGCAAAACAAAAAACUAGCAGAAAUUUUUCAUCUGUGGACUGUUGUUAGUGUUUGUUUGUAUUGAGAUACAAAAACAUAUAUUAUUACUGGCAACACUAGAAAAUGGCGCGCUUUGUUUUGUUUUGAAAAAUGUUACCAACGCGUUUGCUAACGGAUAAUUUUCAUUUGUUCCUAGCUAGGCCUAAUUUUAUUUAUCUAUUUGAACUUUAAUGCAUAAAUGUUUAAUACAAGUUUACGUUUAGUUCGUAUUUGUGUGCAGGUUUUUAUUUAGGUAGGUAAACUGUUUUUAAAAAAUGUUUUUUUUUUAAACAGAGUGCGCCCUUUUUUUGUAUAUUUUGUACAUCUUUAUUUCAGUUGGAACUUUUUUUAAAUUACAUUUUAUUACCGAUAAUGAUAAUCUGAAAUAACAAUAAUUGUUAAAUAUUAAAACAAUAAUACUCACACGUGCUGCGAUAUUUCCUCGAGUUUUUUGUUUUGUGGUUUUAGCAAAUAAUUUGUUACUUACUUUGAAAGCAUUUAUGUAAAUUAUUUUCGAACUUGCCAGUAUUUCGUUCUGAUAACAAUGCAUGGGGUGUAUAAACCCCACACUCUGUAUGUAGGUAUAUGAUUAUCGCAGAUAAGUUGUAUUGGUUGUUUUCCUCACUUUAUUAUUAAUUAAUGUUCUUUUCGUUUCAAUUUUUAUAAUAAAAUGUCAAAAAAUUGUGU